UGACCAUGCCCAUGUUACUGGUCACCCGCGGAAAUCCGCCGUAUCUUCAGCACCAUAGCUCCGCUCGAUCAGCAGGUCCACAGCGUCCACGGCUGGAAGGUGCUACACACCCCAACCACCCACGUGAUUGUGCAACAUGAACUCUGCGUCAACAUGAACACACAACACGCACAUGUAUGUAGAGCUGGCCGAUCCCUCAGCUUCUCUUGCGUCUUCUCGAAUCAUUCCGUCUCUGCAAGCCUCGAAAAUUUCCCUCAUAUGCGCCUUCCCCAGCCAAUCGAUGGCAGACAAGCGUGGCCUCGUCACCUCACCGUUAUUGCCAUCAUCCAAUUUGUUCGGAUCGUACACUCGCAUCGAGUCCUGCGCUGCUGGCCUCCCUGACAUGGAAUGGCUCGCUGAAUCUAACACUAAGGCAACCUGGUUUAGCGACGGCGGACAAAUUUUACCAAGAUUCUCUCGCAGUGCUGAUGGACAAGAUCCUGGACGGACACACUCACCAAUACACUUGCUGCCCCGUUUCGACCAUACAGGGCUGCAUGAUUGUGUUACACAUGGCCAUGUAUUUGCCUACUGGAGGACCAUCUCGUUACUCGAUUUCGUCUGCUCACUCGUUGCCCCACGCUCCCUCGUUCCUCCAGGCUCCGGUGCAGGUGGCAAUGUCCUCAGCAGCUCUUUUCGGUCUACUGAACCUGGCCAAGCGAAUGCUACGCUCACUUCUGUUGUGGUUCUAGGCCUCGAGUGUGCGCAGUGUGCAUACGACGCACAAGCCGGUCAAUGGCGGAGGUGCACUACUGUGCAUACUCACACUGGUUGAGAUCUACAGCGGGGAUUCAACCGUACAGUCACUAGAGCCAGUGAGUAGGCGUUGCUGUCACAGGCCCAGUGGUAAGAGUAUAUGCUUCUG